AAGGGGAUGCGAAGGAACCUCCCCAAAACUGCUGGUGCAGGAAAGCCGACGAAGAGCCGCGAAAGGUACUUCUGAGCUUUGAGGAUGUGAAUAUAAAAUUCACUGGGAAGGGGUCUUUCUUGGCUCUCCUCCUAAGAAUUUUGCACCUGCUGAUCAUGCAGGAGAAUUACAGUACUGUCAGCUCUCAAGGUCUUCCAGCUCCUUUACUGACGUUUCAGCUGGUACAGAGGGAAGAUCCAUUCGUGCCUGGUCCUCAGAGUCUGGAGGAAAAGAAGACGCCAUCAGAUGCUAACUUAGGCUUUCUGAAUAAUACAUUAAAACUGGAGGAACCAACUGAGGGAUACGCGACUUCCCCAAACGUCCACUCAGGGAUCCCUGAUGUGAUAAUAAAAGUGGAGGAAGAAGAAAAUCCUUCAGAGGAGUUCCGGAGACUCCCAGAUUCCCACGAAGGAGUCCAUGGGCAAACAAGUGUGAAUGACAAGGAUCUUUGGCCAGGAACUGAGGAGAGAAGAUUCUCAGAACAAAUGAAUGAGGCAAGGAAGCUGUUAAACAGAUCCCUGGUGAAGAAAACAGCCAGCAAGCCAUCUGGUGUUCGUGGAGUUUCAUGGAGGCGCGAGGAGACCCUGGACCUGCUCGCCCUCUGGGGGGAGCAGAACGUGCAGGAGGCCCUCCGCAGCUGCCACCGCAACAUCGACUCCUUUGAGAUGAUCUCGAAGGAGAUGGCCAAGCGGGGCCACAACCGCACGGCCGUGGAGUGCCGGACCAAGGCGAAAGCCCUGCGCCUGGAGUAUAAGCGGGUGGUGACGCUCAACAGCCAGACGGGCAGCAACCGGGCGACCUGCCCGUAUUUCGAAGAGCUCCACCGCAUCCUACGGGGGGAUGCCAGCGUGAAGCCAAAGCGGGUGCCGCGCAGUUUAAACGCCCUUCGCAAGCCCACUGAGCAGCCGAGGCCCCGUCCCGCGCCACAGGAAGACCCGGAGCAGCUCCCCGCCCACGAUCUGCCGACGGUCAAGGUGGAGGACAGCAUGGAGGACGAGUGUUUCUCCACCCCUGCACCGUCAAGAACUGCCGUGACGGAUCCUGCGGGCAGCCGAGCCACCCCCCACCCGAAGGAGGAGGCUGAUGAGAUGCCGAUAGAGGAGGCGGCCACACCAGCGCAUACAUCUGGGGAUGAGGAGCAGUGCGCCAGGACCCCUGAAAGUCCAACAGGGAGUGCUAGGGGAGGAGUGGACGCGGAGCCCCACCUGGCGGAGCUCUCCCCUGCCACACGCCUGGCCAACGCCCGUGCCAAGAAGCGCCGUGUACCCGGCCUCUACAGCGUGGCGGAGCGCAUGAUGGAGCAGUCCAGCAGGGAGCACAGCCAGGAAAUGGAGGAGCGCCGCCGGGAGCACGCUGCGGAAAAGAAGCGGCACGCGGAAGAUAUGACAGAGCGCCGCAGGCAGCACGAGGAGAUGAUGGCGGAGAUGCGGGCGGACCGGGAAGAGGCAAGAGAGGACCGGAGGCUCGUGGAGGAAGCCCUGCAGCGCAACUUCCGCAUCAUGGAUGCCGCAAUGAAGAGUUUGGACAGACUGGGGGAGCUGAUUAUGCUGCAGCAGCAGCAGCAGCAGCAGAGCUUUGUCCCGCCUUCCUACCCCGUGCCCUUAAACUCCCACGCACCUCCUACACAGCAAAUGGAGCUGGACCCCCCUGCAGCCAGACCAUCACCGGGCGAAAGUCAAUCCUCCCAUGAACACCUAUCACGACCCCCCAGGGUGGUGCGCCCCAGGGCUAAGUACUCCCCUGAUAUGUAAUGUACCCCCCAUCUGCUGGAACACUUUUAUCUGUAAAGUCACCCGGUGUUAAAAUCUCACCCCCAAUCUUAAAAAUCUCACUUUUGCUGGUUGUCCACCCCCACCCACCCCCAGUCCACAUCUGGUCCCCUACUGGGACGUGGUGGCUCAGAGGUUAAGACGCUGAAGCUGUCGACUGGAAGGUCUGUAGCUCGGCAGU